AUCUCCACUAAAUAACAAGAUUAAAAAUGAUUAUUUAAAAAAAAUGUGAAAUCCGUAUAUUUUGCGUUCUCUCUUCGCUUCUGCAAUCUGUGAUUGUCAAGAAACGAGAGAGAUGAUCUAUUCGCGGUUUAGAACCGUCGCCGGAAGCCUCAAGUGCGCUACAAAAACCUUCUCUUCAUCUUCCACCACCACCACAACCACCUCAGCUCCGUCUGAAUUCCAGCAGAAUCUGGCAGGACUUCGGGCUCGGCUAGCGACCGAGUCACCAUCUCUGUCGGACUUCAUUUCCUUGAAAUCGGACAAAGCGUACUCUGUUGAGGUUGGAACUAAGAAGAAACCGCUUCCCAAACCGAAAUGGAUGAAGGAAUCAAUCCCCGGUGGUGAGAAGUAUGUGCAGAUUAAGAAAAAGCUCCGUGAAUUGAAGCUUCAUACGGUUUGUGAGGAGGCAAAGUGCCCUAAUUUGGGAGAGUGUUGGUCCGGUGGAGAAACCGGCACUGCCACUGCCACUAUCAUGAUUCUUGGAGAUACUUGUACUCGAGGUUGCAGAUUUUGUAAUGUUAAGACAUCAAGAACUCCUCCACCACCUGACCCUGAUGAGCCCACCAAUGUGGCUGAGGCAAUUGCGUCGUGGGGUUUGGAUUAUGUGGUUAUAACAAGUGUUGACCGUGAUGAUUUACCUGAUCAAGGGAGUGGUCAUUUUACUGAAACAGUGCAGAAGCUGAAGGCACUGAAACCUAGCAUGUUGAUAGAAGCCUUAGUUCCCGAUUUUCGAGGAAAUGCUGAAUGCGUAGAGAAAGUUUCUAAAUCAGGACUAGAUGUCUUUGCGCACAAUAUCGAGACAGUUGAAGAGCUUCAAAGUGCGGUGCGGGAUCAUCGGGCUAAGUUUAAGCAGUCUUUGGAUGUUCUGAUGAUGGCUAAGGAUUACGCCCCUGCGGGGACCCUCACCAAGACUUCAAUAAUGUUAGGUUGUGGGGAAACACCUGACCAGAUUGUGAAAACAAUGGAGAAAGUGAGAGCAGCUGGUGUUGAUGUGAUGACAUUUGGUCAGUAUAUGAGACCCUCAAAGCGCCAUAUGCCAGUGUCAGAAUAUAUAACUCCCGAGGCCUUUGAGAAGUAUCAGACUCUUGGCAUGGAAAUGGGAUUUCGAUAUGUGGCAUCUGGGCCCAUGGUAAGGUCAUCAUACAAAGCAGGUGAAUUCUAUAUUAAAUCCAUGAUUGACAGAGAUCGAGCCGCAUCUUCCUCAAAGCUGAGUACCUGUUGAUCCAUUAUUUUUUCUUUCAUUUUUGUUAUUUACACACUACUGUGCAUUAUGUAUGAGAAGAGGUGCAGGCUAACUUUAUAUUGACUCCCUUACCGCAUGUAAUCUAUCAUUAAACGGGCAAUAAACCAUCAAUGAAUGGACAAAUGUAUGGAAAAUGCGAAUCUUUAAAGUUAAAUUGUGUUCUCAUCUACCUGAA